ACACAUACACACACAUCAGAAAAGCUAAAAAAAGACGAUAUUCUUUUCCUUCUUCUCUCUCUCUAAAUCAUAACACAAGUUUCCGGCAGAUCAACUGUUUUCUUCUUUCGUCUUUAUACGUGUUCAUCAAUGGCGUCUUUUCACUGAUCCUAGUCCUAUCAAACCCACUUACCACCCAUUAUAAUUAAUUCCCAAAACAAAAAGAUCCUUUUUUUUUAUUCCUUCUCUUUCGAUCUCUCGUUAUAUAUUCUAUAUUGCACACAUACACUCGUGCACGAUCGACGAAAGUUAACGUUUUUUUUUCGAAUCCGCCAUGGAAGCUGCAGAACCAGUCAAUGGCGGAUCCGUACAGAUCCGGAACGAGAAUGGGUCACGAAAGCUUCCGAAUUUCUUACAGAGCGUGAACAUGAAAUACGUCAAGCUAGGUUACCAUUACCUGAUUACUCAUCUCUUCAAGCUCUGUUUGGUUCCGUUAAUGGCGGUUUUAUUCACCGAGAUCUCUCGAUUAACACCAGACGAUCUCUACCAACUCUGGCUCCAUCUCCAAUACAAUCUCGUCGCCUUCAUCCUCCUCUCUGCUCUAGCCGUUUUCGGGUCCACCGUCUUCAUCAUGACCCGACCCAGAUCCGUUUACCUCGUCGAUUACUCUUGUUAUCUCCCUCCGGAGAGUCUCAAAGUCAAAUACCAGAAAUUCAUGGAUCACUCGAAGCUAAUCGAAGAUUUCAACGACUCUUCUCUCGAGUUUCAGAGGAAGAUUCUCGAGAGAUCGGGUUUAGGAGAAGAGACUUAUCUUCCCGAGGCUUUACAUUGCAUCCCUCCGACUCCGACGAUGGUGGCGGCGCGUCAGGAAGCUGAGCAGGUAAUGUUUGGUUCGCUAGACAAACUCUUCGAGAACACAAGAAUCAACCCUAGGGAUAUUGGUGUUUUGGUAGUGAAUUGCAGCUUGUUUAACCCGACUCCUUCGUUAUCGGCCAUGAUUGUUAACAAGUAUAAGCUUAGAGGGAAUAUUAAGAGCUUCAAUCUAGGUGGAAUGGGGUGUAGUGCUGGUGUUAUCGCCAUUGAUUUAGCUAAAGAUAUGUUGCAAGUUCAUAGGAACACUUAUGCUGUUGUGGUUAGCACAGAGAACAUUACUCAGAACUGGUAUUUCGGGAACAGGAAGGCCAUGUUGAUUCCUAAUUGCUUGUUUCGUGUUGGUGGAACCGCGGUUUUGCUUUCGAAUAAGAGCAGGGAUCGUAGACGGUCUAAGUACAAGCUUGUUCAUACGGUUAGGACUCAUAAAGGAGCUGAUGAGAAGGCUUUCAAUUGUGUGUACCAAGAACAAGACGAUAACGGGAAAACCGGUGUUUCUUUGUCUAAGGAUCUUAUGGCUAUAGCAGGGGAAGCGCUUAAGGCGAACAUCACUACUUUAGGUCCUUUGGUUCUUCCUAUAAGCGAGCAGAUCUUGUUCUUUGCUACUUUGGUUGCGAAGAAGUUGUUUAAUGCUAAGUUGAAGCCUUACAUACCGGAUUUCAAGCUUGCGUUUGACCAUUUCUGUAUCCAUGCUGGUGGUAGAGCUGUGAUUGAUGAGCUGGAGAAGAAUCUGCAGCUCUCGGAGAGGCAUGUGGAGGCGUCGAGGAUGACGUUGCACAGGUUUGGAAACACUUCAUCGAGCUCGAUAUGGUAUGAACUGGCUUACAUUGAGGCUAAAGGGAGGAUGAAGAAAGGGAACAGAGUUUGGCAGAUUGCUUUUGGAAGUGGGUUUAAGUGUAACAGUGCGGUUUGGGUGGCUCUGGGGAAUGUCAAGCCUUCGGUUAGUAGUCCGUGGGAACAUUGCAUUGACCGAUAUCCGGUUAAGCUUGAACUCUGAUUCAAUCAUUUGGUAUCAACAUGGUUAGUCCCUAGUCUAUUUGGCUCUUCCUUGUUUAUUGCUUUUUGUUUCCUUUUUUUUUCUUUUUCCAUUGUUCGAUUGUUCUUGUACUCUUAAUUUGAUGCUUCUUGAAUUAUUACUCACUUUGUGUUUUAUGGCAUCUUGAGCCACCUAUUUGCAUCUCUAUUUGCCAUACUAGUUGGAACAAGAAUCAAAA